AUGCGAUCUCUCCUUGGAGACAUGCAAGUUGACGAUAAAUUUGUCAAGGAGAUGUUCCUAGAGCGUCUGCCCGCAGAUGUUCAAACGAUUCUGGCAUCUGGUUCUCAGGAUCUUACGGUAUCACAGCUGGCGGAGAUGGCGGAUCGAAUGAUAGAAGUGCAACGGUUCCAGUUACCUUCCGUUGCCCAGAUCUCCUCAUCUUCAUCGUCAGUGAGUGAAAAUGUAGUGAAACAGGUGUCGGCCAUGGCGGAUGAGAUGGCCUCCCUUAAAAUACAGCUCGCCCGCCUAACUUCCAGUCGCUCACUCAGUCGUCGUCGUUCUCGUUCGCGACCUCGGAUUGUUGAUACUUGCUGGUACCACAUUAAUUUCGGCGUAAAGGCCCGUCGCUGUUCCUCACCUUGGUCUUUUAAGCCGAAACAGGGAAACCAGUCAGCCAGAGAAUAGAUGCGACCGUUUUCUCUGGCUCUUCCGGCUCUGGUCGCACCUUCUAUGUUUGCGACACUGCGACUCGCAGACGUUUUCUGCUGGACACUGGAGCUCAAAUCAGUGUUGUUCCUCCAACUGCAGCUGAUCGUCGUUUCCCUAGCCCUGGUUUUCAUCUUCAAGCUGCUAACUGUUCCCCAAUUCCCACUGUUGGCAGUCUGUCCCUCACCCUGAACAUUGGCCUUCGUCGGUCAUUUACUUGGAUCUUUGUGAUUGCUGAUGUCCCUCAUGCAAUCCUCGGCUCGGACUUUCUUGCCGAGUUUGAUCUCCUUGUUGACUGUCGACGUGCCCGUCUUCUCGACCGCACAACCGGUCUGUUUGUUCGUGGACUAACUCCCUUUAUAACCCCCACAAACUUAUCUGUUUUGGAUACGGAUAUUGCUAGUCCUUUUCGGCAACUGCUUCUUAGUCACCCCAACAUAAUUAACCCCCAGUUUCGCAGUGGUGAGGUUCAACAUGAUGUUGUGCACCAUAUCCGCACCUCAGGUCCUCCCGUGUUUGCUCGACCGAGACGACUAGCACCGGAGCGUUUUCAGGCCGCGAAGGCGGAGUUUGAACACAUGCUGCAACUGGGAAUAAUUCGACCGUCCGAGAGCCCUUGGGCGUCCCCACUGCACAUGGUGCCCAAGGUGACAUCAGGCGACUGGCGACCCUGUGGCGACUAUCGUGCCCUCAACAGCGCUACCAUUGCUGAUCGGUACCCCGUGCCGCAUCUUCAGGACUUUGCUGGAGCCCUUAUCGGCAAAGCGGUUUUCUCGAAGAUUGAUUUGGUGCGUGCCUUUCAUCAGAUUCCAGUCGCCCCUGAGGACAUCCCUAAAACCGCCGUCACCACACCCUUCGGUCUCUUUGAGUUCGUACGCAUGCCGUUUGGUCUUCGUAAUGCCGUCCAAACGUUCCAGAGGUUCACUGACCAUGUCUUACGUGGCCUACCCUUUGUGUACGCCAACACUGAUGACCUCUUGGUGGCCAGCCGGAAUGAAGAAGAACACGAACAACGAAACGUCUGUAAAAGUGAGGCCUCAAAGCUGCGAAAGAAGUUUGAACUAAACAUACUCGGAAAUUCGUUGGAGCAUCCGAAAAUUCUAUAUGGUUAUAUACGAAGUACUAAAAGGACUCAGGAGCUGAUCCCUGUCCUUAGGUCUGCAGAUGGAAAAGUGGAGAUUGAUGACCAGGCUAAAGCGUCCCUCCUUUCCGACUUCUUUCAGUCCGCCUUCACCCGAGAACCUAAUUCUAUAUUUGCCCAUCCAUCCAUUCGCCAACCAACCUCUCCUCCCAGUACCCUUUCCCCUCCUAUCCCCUCCCUACCCUCCUUAACCGAGGAACCACUCUUUUCAUCUACCAUAGUUAGGGCCGAGCUACUCCGGCUGAAACCUGCCAAAUCGCCUGUCCCAGAUAGAAUUCCCGCCCUAGCACUUCGUGAACUUGCUAAUGAACUGUGCAAACCCUUAUCCGCAAUAUUUCAAAAGUCAUUUGAAGACGGCGAGCUCCCGCAGGAAUGGAAGUGCGCACUCAUUACUCCAAUCCAUAAAGGAGGCUCAAGACUUGACUGCGGAAAUUAUCGUCCUGUCAGUCUUACUUGCAUCGCGUGUAAAAUAAUGGAACGCAUUCUCAAGAGAUGCUUGAUGAAAUACCUGGAACAGAACAAAAUAUUGUGCGAUGCCCAACACGGCUUUCGUCCAGGGCGCUCCUGCCUAACGAGUGUUCUUUACUCGCACGAGAAAUGGACACGAGCUACCGAUAAGGGUUUUCCAGUAGAUGUCAUAUUUUUUGACUUCAAGAAGGCCUUUGACAGUGUCCCACACAGGCUUCUUUUACAAAAGAUCUGGGAUGUAGGGAUUCAAGGGAGGAUGUUUAAGUGGAUCAGGAGUUUUCUGUCCUCCAGACUACAAAGAGUCGUCGUUAGUAAUUCUACCUCGGAAUGGGUGAAGGUGGAAAGUGGUGUCCCACAGGGUUUUGUCUUAGGCCCAGUACUCUUCCUGAUUUAUGUUAAUGACUGCAUCAGCGAAGUGAAUUGCGAGGCUCUCAUGUUCGCGGAUGACAUGAAAAUAUGGAGUGAAGUCAAGUGUGAUGAUGAAGCAGAGAAGUUGCAGUCGAACAUCAACAAACUGUGUGCUUGGUCGAACAGAUGGCUUUUGAAGUUUAACGUGUCCAAAUGCGUGGUUUUGCACCUGAACACCGGCCGCAAUGCCUCUCUCAAACACCAGUACUAUAUUGACGGAACGGCAUUAGAAACUGUAGAAAGACACAGAGAUCUGGGUGUUUGGACGACCACAAAUAUAUCGCCAUCAGAACACUGCAGAAAGAUGAUCCAGAAGGCUAUUAGUACUCUACACUGGAUCAGACGUGCAUUUAAAAUAUUUCCUCCCGAACUUUUCGAAAGACUCUUUGGUGUCUUUGUAAGACCUCAUUUAGAGUAUGGAAUGCCAGCAGCUUCACCAUGGAUGAGGAAGGAUAUCAACUUACUCGAACAGGUGCAACGCAGAGCGACAAAGAUGGUCGACGGUCUAAAGCAUUUGUCUUAUCAGGACAGGCUGAAUUUGCUUGGCCUAUUCCCUCUCUCUUAUAGACAAAUAAACUGCAGUCUACUCUGGACGUUCCGGAUUGUUCGCGGCCAGGGUUGCUCAUUAAGAGCACAGGACUUCUUUGAGUUCCCCGCACAAACCAACUACGCGGCCAUGCAUACAAAGUCGGGAAUGAGCGCACGCGUUUAG